UGUGACCUUGCUGAGAAGGAGAAACCACCGGCGAGGUUAAUGACGUCGUUGUUUGACAGAGAAGUGUGUGCUAAUAUGAUUUACGGCACAGUAAGGCCUCUUCAGUCUGGUAUCGGCAGAGCUGGCCUGAGGUUCUUCCUCUUGAAAGGGAGAGUCGGUGUGGAACAAAGGAAUGAGACUGAGGACAAAAGAACCGGAGCUUGAACUUCAAAGCUGUAAACAUGGAUAUAAUAGUUUUUUCUUCUCACUGCAAACAAAAUGACAAGAUCCUCUAGAGAGAAGAAUCAUUGAGGGCUUUGGAGCAUCUAUAGCGCUCUGAUGAUGAAGAUGUCUGAAGUGCGGAGUUGAACCAGACUCCAACUAAGCAGGUCUGGAGAAGUCCCAUAGUCCCCUGUGUGGGGUGAGGGACCAUGGGAGAUGGAGGUGUUGGUGCAGCGGGAGAGGGGGUCAAUCAGUCACACCUUCUUUUUGACCGCUUUGUUCAGGCCACCACCUGUAAAGGGACCCUUAAAGCCUUUCAGGAACUGUGUGACUUCCUUGAGCUCAAGCCCAGUGAAUACCGAGUUUUCUACCACAAGCUCAAGUCCAAGCUCAACUACUGGAAGGCGAAAGCACUCUGGGCCAAGCUAGACAAACGUGCCAGCCACAAGGAGUACAAGAAAGGCAGAGCCUGCACUAACUCUAAGUGUCUGAUUAUCGGAGCAGGACCAUGUGGCCUGCGAACGGCUAUAGAGCUUGGCUUUUUAGGAGCCAAGGUGGUCGUAUUAGAGAAGAGAGAUGCUUUCUCACGCAACAAUGUCCUCCACCUGUGGCCUUUCACCAUUCAGGAUCUGCGGGGACUCGGUGCAAAAAAGUUCUAUGGAAAAUUCUGUGCUGGCUCAAUAGACCAUAUCAGUAUUCGUCAGCUGCAGUUGAUGCUGCUGAAAAUGGCUCUGCUAUUGGGUAUUGAGAUCCAUGUCAAUGUAGAGUUCAAAGGCCUCAUUGAGCCACCGGAAGACCAGGAAAAUGAGAGAAUAGGCUGGAGAGCUGAAGUCCAUCCUAAAACACACCCUGUUAGUGAGUUGGAGUUUGAUGUCAUCAUCGGGGCAGAUGGGAGGAGGAACACACUGUCAGGAUUCAGAAGGAAAGAGUUCAGGGGCAAGCUCGCCAUCGCCAUCACGGCCAACUUUAUUAACCGCAACACCACAGCCGAGGCCAAAGUGGAGGAGAUCAGCGGGGUCGCCUUCAUCUUCAACCAGAAGUUUUUUCAGGAUCUAAGGGAAGCCACUGGGAUCGAUCUGGAAAACAUCGUCUACUAUAAGGAUGACACUCACUAUUUUGUGAUGACUGCCAAGAAGCAGAGUCUGCUGGAGAAGGGCGUCAUUCUGCACGAUUAUGUGGACACAGAGAUGCUUCUGUCCAGGUCGAACGUGGACCAAGCUGCUUUGCUGUCCUACGCCAGAGAGGCAGCCGACUUCUCAACCAAUCAUCAGCUGCCCAAGCUGGACUUUGCUAUCAACCAUUACGGACAGCCUGAUGUGGCAAUGUUUGACUUCACGUGCAUGUAUGCCUCGGAAAAUGCCGCACUGGUGCGCCAACGCAACGGCCACCAGCUGCUCGUAGCUCUGGUUGGAGACAGCCUUCUGGAGCCUUUCUGGCCAAUGGGGACGGGCAUUGCACGAGGCUUUCUGGCAGCAGUGGACUCUGCAUGGAUGGUGAGAAGUUGGGCACAGGGCGCAUCUCCUCUUGAAGUGUUGGCAGAAAGGGAGAGUAUAUAUCGUCUGCUCCCACAAACCACUCCAGAGAACGUGAGUAAAAACUACAGCCACUACACGUUGGAUCCCACAACACGUUACCCCAACAUCAGUCUGCACCUGCUCCGACCCAAUCAGGUACGGCAUCUCAUAGACACCGGGGAAGCCAGGGAAAUCCGUAUUGACAUGGAGAAUGUGGUCAACGCUUCCACUCCUAAACUCACAAGGAAUGAACCUCUGCUUGAAAAGCAGUUCCAAGAGUCUGUAGCGCGCUCCAGCAAACUGCUAAACUGGUGUCAGAGGCAGACAGAUGGCUAUAGAGGGGUCAGUGUAUCUGAUCUCACCAUGUCAUGGAAGAGUGGCUUGGCUUUGUGUGCCCUUAUCCAUCGCUACAGGCCGGAUCUCAUUGAAUUUGACUCACUGGAUGAGAAGGACGUGGAGAAGAAUAAUCAGUUGGCAUUUGAUGUAGCUGAGAAGGAGUUUGGGAUUUCACCUAUUAUGACCGGGAAGGAGAUGUCUGUUGUAGUGGAGCCUGACAAGCUUUCCAUGGUCAUGUAUCUCAGCCAGUUCUAUGAGAUGUUCAAGGACACCGUGCCCCCUUGUGAAAAUCACAACCUGAGUCCAGAGGAAAAGGCUGCACUGAUUGCCAGCACCAAGUCUCCCAUCUCCUUCCUCAGCAAACUGGGACAGAGCAUCAACAUCUCGAGGAAACGCAACCCAAAGCAGGAUAAAAAGGAGAAGGAGCUUGACGGAUUGGGGAAGAGGAGAAAGACAAGUCAGGCCGGCCAGUCUGAAGAUGAGGAGCCUCCGAGGCCGUUACGCGAUGAGAGACCCUUUGUAGCCACAGAGCGUAGAUUGGACACCACAGCAGCGGCUAACAACAACAAGGUGAAGUCCAUGGCCACUCAGCUGCUAGCCAAGUUUGAGGAGAAUGCUCCUGUACAGUCUACUGGACUCAAAAGACAGAUUGACUCUAUGCCUGAUCUGGGGCUAAUGCUGUCCCCCUCGCAGCCAUCUGCCACUCUGAAAGAGGCAGUUCCUGCAUGGAGAAAGGCUAGCAGGAGCAGCGAUGGCCUGCGGAGCUGCCCUAAGAAAACCAUUCUGCUCUAUCCUCCUCCUCCUUCAUCAUCUUCCUCUCCAUCGCUCUCUACACACACACAGAAGAACGUUCACAAUCUGGUGAUAGAUGAAAAUAACAGUGAUGACGAUGACGCCCGGGAACACCUGACGUUCUCUUACAGGGAAAGUGAGUUCAGAUCUGUGGAACCCAUCCGUUUCGCUAACAUUCAGGAAAGAGCUGAUAUGUUAGCUACUAAGUUUACAGGGCAGUCCAACAAGACUGAAAAACCCCAGCCGAUGAAAAAGCCGUCACGUUUCUUUCUUCAGCAGUGGCUUUCGAGCCACGGGUUAUGCCCCGGUCAGCCGUCCUGCUCCUCUGAUUCUCAGCAGGAGGACACACAGAGUUUGCGAAUGCACUCUGAUGAACAGGUGCCUAUACACAUCCCUAGUAUUCAGGAGCGAGCUGAGAGGUUAGCCUCUCUGUUUAAAGACAAGCCUGCUAGACCCAAGCCUAAGAAAAAGCCCUCGCGCUUUCUUACUGAGCAGUGGCACAGACAGCGAGAGGCAUCCACUGAUCCUCAGCUCACCUCACUAUCUUUGAACCGACAGCAUUAUAUAAAGAUGUAUACAGGUGGCGUGAGCUUGUUGGCUGAGCAAAUAGCCAAUCAGCUCCAGCCUCAAGAGGACCGCUGGAGCCGUCUUUAUAAGAGGGAAUUGGGUUCCUUGCGGAAAGAAUUUCCUCAGAACAUCGGAGGCAGCGAUGUGUGUUUCUUUUGCCGGAAGCGUGUGUAUGUUAUGGAGCGACUGAGUGCGGAGGGCAAGUUCUUUCACCGCACCUGCUUUAAGUGCGACUAUUGCGGCACAACGCUCAGACUUUCAUCUUACGCCUUUGAUGUGGAAGAUGGCAAGUUUUACUGUAAGCCGCAUUACUGUUACCGGUUGUCUGGGCAGGCUCAGAGGAAGAGACCUGCUCCUCCUCCUGCUGCUCCUCUCCAGCCAAAGGAAUCCCAGGCACCAGUGAUACCCCCAGCCAGCGUAGAUGCCCCUGGGCUUCCAUGUCCGGUGGAGCGUGGGCCCUCAGCUCCCGAGGUGAACGGCGUGUCUGAGCCCAGUGUGGCAAAGCGUCCUAAAGGAACUCCUGAGCGCAUUGAGCUGGAGAACUACCGUCUGUCCAUGCAGAGAGAAGAGGAGCUCGAGGAGGUACCUGAGGAGACGCUGGCCGAGCACAACCUCAGCAGUGUGCUGGAUAAAGGCACGGAUGUGGACGAGGGCUCCAGUAGCUCAGAGUCUGACAUGGAGGAUGAGGGAGAGGACCUGGAGCCCCCGGCGUCCUCUGACCUCGGAGGAGUGCCGUGGAAAGAGGCUGUGCAGCUGCACGCAAAACUGAAGGCUGGCAGUGAUGCUGGGGCGAGCAGGAAGGAUGGAGAAAUGGAGGAAGAGGAUGAAGAAGAGGAGGAAGAGGAUGACGAAGAGGAGGAGGAAGAAGAAGAGGAUGAAGAGGAAGAAUCAAGUGAUGAGGGGGAGUAUUACCCUUGGGAAAGGGAGCUCCAGUCAGGUCUAUGGCUGGAGAACCUGAAAGAUGAAGAGGAUACGGGUACAUUUAAAGCCAGAAACCUGCGAAUUCAACAAACCCUGCAGCCGAUGGACCCUAUGGAGGGAGAAAAAGAGGAGCGCUCAGAUUCGGGUUCUCUUCCUUCAUUCCUCUCGCAGAACACCCUGCCUGUCUCCUGCACAGUCCCCACCCACAAAUCAGUGCGACACGAGGCUGUCAGGGCCUGGCUGGACUCCAUGUCUGGAGAGCCCUGUGUCGAUGAUGAGGAAAAGCUUGAGGCUGAAGCAGGAAGCCCAGACAUUGAACCUGGCACCGAGCUGGAUGAAGACGACAUCCCUUCAGAUGCAGAAGCUGAAGCUCGUUCGCAGCAUGUUGAAGAUCCUGAGCUUCUUCCUGUAGACCCUGAGAAGCCAGAGAUCCUAGAUCAAGUUUCCAGAAUUGAGCGUAAAGAACGGGUGUCUGUAAGUCCAAAGGAAAUCAUUGUAGAUGUCAUUCUCACUACAAUCCCAAAGCCAAGUACACCUACUGAAGAGAUUAAAGAAAAGUUGAGUCCAGUGCUGAUUAAAUCUCCAGGAACACGCUUUUUUCCUGAACCCUUUUUGCCUGAUCAAGCAAAAGAGGUUAAGACACCAAAUACUCCUGUUGCGGUGACAUCUCCAAUCUGCUCCCAACCAUUUUCCCUUCCAGAUACAGUUACACCCAAAUCUCCUGUCCAGGUUGAGUCUUGCGCCUGCUCACCUUCAGCCAACCCUUUAUCCCCAAUUUGUGCUCAGCCCCUACCAUGCCAGGAGCCCUCCUCACCCCUCUCUUCAGGCUCUCCUGUGAGGACUCAACCCGUCCCUGCAGUAACAUCCACUCCUCUAACGAAACCUGCCUCAGAGAGGACAACCACAGAAUCUCUGAAUCUAAAGGAUUCGACAGUGGAGACGCCAGACAAAAAGACAGACAUCAUUGAAGAGUUCUGGCUGAAAAGCGCUGAAAUCAGGAGGAGCUUAGGGCUCACUCCACUGGAAAGGAGCAAAGUUGUAGAGAAGAGCAUUAUUAAAACUCCUACUGCAGAACCUGUAUUGUCUAAACCCCAGAUCUCGGAGGCCAUAACGGAGAAGCCAGCAUUCACAAGUCGCACGGUCAUUCACAGACUCAAUAUUACUGUUGAGGGUCAGGUUAUCUCUCCUGUAGAACCCAAGAGUAGUAGCUCAGAGAGAAAGGAUCUAAGCAGUAGCUCAGGUCUGGGCUUGAACGAUAGCAACACGACUAGUCAGACGCCUACCUGUGACAGUAUUAACAACUCUGAUUCAACCAUGCUCACGCCUCCUUCCAGUCCUCCACCACCUCCACCAAAUGAGGAGCCAGCAACUCUCAGAAAAAAGAAGUCUCAAGUGUCUUGGGAGAAGCUGUCUUCACCCAGUGAGAAACCUGAAGUGAAACCUGAAGAGAAGGCACCCACCAAAGCUAAAACUCCUACUAGUCCAAAGCAGAAUAAAUUUGUGACGGUUCCAGUAGCUACUCCCAGAACCAACCCCCCAGUGGUGAUGAGGACAAAGGAGCCCAAUAAACCACGGCGAGAAGAAGUGAGGAAGUCCUUUGCAGAAUGUGUAGAAGAGAUUCCAUUUGCUGAUGACGUGGAGGACACGUACGAUGAUCGUACCCCUGACACAAGCAUGCAGGAUAGGUUUUACACUCCACCCACCAGCAGAGUGAACAGGGACAAGCCUCCCCUCCAUCUCGCUUUGGCAGUGGAGAAUGGAAAACCAAACGUUCACGGAGGUCUCGUGUCCCGAUCGGCGAAAGUUUCCCAGCACUUUUCUUCUGAAGCCAAGGAAAUCGCAGAAGAGCGCAUGAGAGAGAGGGAGAAAUCGGUGAAAAGUCAAGCUCUUAAAGAUGCUAUGGCGAAGCAAAUUAAUAAAAUGAAAGAGGCUGAGUCAAGCAAGGGUGCUGUGGCCAAAGUGGCCUGGAAUGUUUCGGAUGUAGCCGUUAAAAACAAGAAGCGCUCAGGUUCUCCAAAGUCUUCAGCUGUGAAGGCAUUGGAGAGCAAAAAACAAGCAGAAGUGCUUCCUGACCGAUUCUUUAAUACACCUUUAAGUAAGAGUGUGGACAGUUCUGUCACCUCGUCUGAGAGCUCCACAGGAGGCAAGAGCAAAAAACGUAGCUCCCUUUUCUCACCACGUAAGAACAAGAAAGAGAAGAAGGCCAAAAACGAAAGCAGGCAUUCUAGUACUGAAGAGACCCCACCCAAACACAAGUCCUUGUGGAAAGCUGUAUUUUCCGGCUACAAGAAGGACAAAAAGAAGAAAGAUGACAAGUCUUGUCCGAGCACACCCUCUAGUUCCACAACAGUGGACUCAGGAAAGAAGAAAGGAUUGUCUGCAGCAAGGUCCUCAGAUUUGCAUUUGAGAAGAAACCUCAGCUUUUCUGAGGACUCAGAUCUGUCCUGUGAUGAUGUUCUGGAAAGAUCUUCUCAAAAGUCCAAGAUGGAUUCUGUUUAUGUUCCUCAUGCACUGGCGUUCAAGAGAUCAUAUGCCACGAAGAAGACAUACACAGAGGAAGAGCUGAAUGCCAAGCUCACACGCAAGGUCCAGAAGGCAGCUCGUCGUCAGGCAAAGCAGGAGGAGCUCAAGAGGCUCCACAGGGCUCAGAUCAUUCAGAGACAGCUAGAGCAGGUGGAGGAGAAACAGAGACAGCUGGAGGAGAGGGGAGUGGCAGUGGAGAAGGCUCUGCGAGGGGAAGCAGUUGAGCCCUAUGUCGGGACCCCUCGCUGGAGACCCCUGUCCUUCUGCCCAUGCUGUACCCCAGAAGGAAUGGGCAAAAAGGACGACCCGAAGCUGAUGCAGGAAUGGUUUAAGCUGGUGCAGGAGAAGAAUGCCUUGGUGCGCUAUGAGUCAGAGCUGAUGAUAUUUGCUCGUGAGUUGGAGUUGGAGGACAGGCAGAGUCGACUGCAGCAGGAGCUAAGAGAGCGUAUGGCAAUUGAAGACCAUUUGAAGACUGAGGCAGAGCUGGCCGAUGAAAAACGAAUCCUGAAUGAGAUGUUGGAGGUGGUGGAGCAGCGGGACUCUCUGGUGGCUCUCCUGGAGGAGCAGAGACUCAGGGAGAGGGAAGAGGACAAAGACCUAGAGUCUGUCAUGCUCUCCAAGGGCUUCAACCUCAACUGGGUUUAGUAGUAGCAGCAAAUCCACUCAACAUGAUCUUCACAACAUCACUAUGAGGAAUGUAAGGACUCGGUUGAGUCUGCCUGCCUCUCUCUAUGACAUUGAUGCAUCAUUCUGAUGUUUACGAGUCAUCCUGGCUCGGCUCAGGGUCGGUCUCUUCACCUGUCUUUCUUUGCGCUUCAGUGGAAGUCAAUUCAAGCCUUUGUGUCUGUACGAGACAUUUUUUUGUGUUCUUUGGUUUCAGAAAGGGAAUAAACAGGGAUGUCAGAGACUUUUGAAAAGAAACACAGCUUUUGUAGAAUGUGCUGGUCAGCAGCUGUUACAGAGGAGAGAGAUCCUUGGACUCAAUAUCUAUACUUUUUUUUUUUUUUACUUUGACUACUGAGUGAAAGUAGAAAUGUACUAUAGAUGAAAUGCCUUUGCUACCCACAAUGCAAUGUGGAUACAUCAAUGGCAUUUUUUUGCCACAAUCUAUUUCAAUCAAUUCAUUUGUCCAGAACUGUUUAGCAAUGUAUUUAUUUUACUUGUUUUACAGUAAAAGCAUGCAAUGAUUUUUUUUGCAUACUAAAAAGAAUCCUUACGUGUUCUUUAUUAAGUUAUGAUCAGGAAUUGGUUCGUUUUAUUCUCCCAUUAGCCACCUCAUAUCAGGACUAAAGGAAAUCUAAGAACAAGCAUAUCAUAUUGUAUAUACGACUUGGCCUUUAGCUCAUAUUCAUUGGUGAUAUACUCUUGGUGAAGCUUCUCAUGUACAGUGUCUAGUGCUGACUCCUUGCUCUUUAAGUGAUCUUACACUAGUUAUAUUUGUGUAAGUUUACUUACAGCUCUCUGAAAUUAAUUUCCAACUGCCCACUACAGUUUACAGAAACAGAGGAAUAUUGUGCAAAUAUUUUCACUCAUGGAAAUGCACAUGGGCAAUUGCAAUAUUAAUGUUUUUAAAGAUAUCUCAGUCUAGACAGUGCAUGAGAAAGUAAUAUACAGUUAGAUCAACGAUAUGUGGUGGAUUAUCUUUGUAUGUUUUUUUUUAGAAUCCCUGACUUUUAUUUGAUAUCGGAUAUCAGUACGCCUCAGCAUCUCAGUUACAUCAUUUGUCUCCUUGAUUGCUGAGACUAAGCAAAUCCACUUUGUGUCUUCAUACUGGGAUGAAAAUCAGAAACUGCAUGCACUGGUUGUGUAGCAAAUUUGAAUUUCCCACUUAUUGUCCUAUUUACAUCCAUGAUGUUUACUCGCCUUUACAAAGUUUUUUUUUUAAUGUAUUUGUUUUUAUUAAAAAAAAAAACAUUUUUUACUACAUGUGAGCAUUCACAUAUCACUAAUACACAGCAAGAAAUCUUCAUAUAUUCUGCAGAAUCAUUUGUAAUGCCUUUGGACAAACUGUAUGUGUUUCGGUCACAUACUACGUAGGUCGACUGUACUCGUAUUUCAGCUUGGUCAUCAUUACCCUGUAUAGAUUUACACAGAUUUUGUAUGUAUGUACAAGAUUACUGUGAGAAAAAAAGUUACAUGCAACGUAAAGCCUAGUUAUUUAGACUGUGUAAAUUGUUUUACAGAGUUUAUUGGUAUUUAUUAACAUGUGUGAAAAAUGUAUUAUAUGUAAAGAAAACAAAAACCUAAUUUUUAAAUUGUAUGUUGUCAAUUCUUGACAUGUGUAAAUGCUUUCUGGUAGCUAAUCUGCAUAUAAGACUUUGGAUGUACGUUGGAAGGUAAUAAAAAAUGAUUUUGUUCCUCA